GUGUACAUACUGAUUGUAAUCAGCUAGCUACCAUGCAACGCACGGCAGCGAUAGGUCUUAGAUUAUCUGCACGUGUUUGUUACAGGGGAUUUUCUGUAAGAAAGGCAACCGGGAUCUGUUCUUCUAUUUUUACAAGCUCCAAAGUCACUGCUGUCAACAUGAAUAGUGGAGGAAAACCUCGAGUUUAUGUAACUCGUAGGAUUCCCAAAGAGGGUCUUGAUUUACUUUCGAAAGAGUGUGAGGUUUCAAUAUGGGACUCUGAUGAUGCUGUCCCCCAAGAUGUCCUUCUCAAGAACAUACCAGGCAUCAGUGGUCUCUACUGCCUCCUCUCUGAUCGUAUUGAUGGAGCCGUCAUGGAUGCCGCUGGACCAAGUUUAAAGGCCAUCAGCACCCUCUCUGUAGGCUAUGAUCACAUCAACCUGGACGAAUGCAGGAAGAGAGGGAUCCGUAUAGGUUAUACCCCAGGCAUUCUGACUGAUGCUACGGCCGAGCUUACAGUAGGUCUCCUAUUAACAACAUCAAGGAGACUUGCUGAGGGAGUCACCAAUGUCAAAAAUGGAGGUUGGGGUACAUGGAAGCCAAUGUGGCUCACAGGCCCAGGUCUUCUCAACAGCACAGUGGGUCUCGUUGGACUAGGCAGGAUAGGCAUGGCAAUCGCCCAGCGUCUCAAGCCGUUCGGCGUCAAGAGGUUCCUCUACAGCGGCAACAACAAGAAACCUGAAGCAGACAGUCUGCCGGCUGAAUUUGUUCCCUUUGAGACCCUCGUGAAGGAGUCUGGUUUUGUGGUGGUCAGUUGCUCCCUCAACGCUCAGACCAAAGGGCUCUUCAACAAAAAGGUCUUUGAGAUGAUGAGCUCUAAUGCCAUCUUUGUCAACAUUAGCAGAGGAGCUGUUGUGAAUCAGGAUGACCUUCACGAGGCUUUGACCACUGGUCAGAUCAGAGCAGCUGGUCUUGAUGUGACCACCCCAGAACCUCUACCCACUGACCAUCCACUCCUCAAACUCGAUAACUGUGUUGUCUUUCCUCACAUCGGCAGUGCAUCGGAGGAGACAAGGAUAGCCAUGUCCAUCCUCACUACACGCAACCUUUUAGCCGGUCUCAUGGGCGAAGAGAUGCCAGAAGAGGUCCAAUUGUAAUGCAGGUCGGACUUAGAAGUACCAAUCACUAAUUAUUAAUUUUUAUUGUUCUGUACGUUAGUUGUUCCAUGUGGUAAUAGUGUAUUCGAAAUAUGACCUUCAAAUAGUACUUCUGAAAAGAAAUUUUGAAAGUU